GGCUGCAGGGUAAAGCAGCUCAAACUCUCCAACUUCCUCGAUCGUGGAUGGGGAGGUGCGGGGGUGAGGUGGGUAAUAGAGGGAAACUUUAUUACCGAAAGUGGAGAUUUGCAAAUGACAGAAGUCUUCCCGAGAAUAAGUUAAACUUUCCCCCGGUGAAGAGAGACACGCGAUCCUUCGCUUCUUCCUGCAUCUUCCGCAGGAAGAUUUCUCCAGUGCUGCAGCGGAGGUAGGGCACGGUCGUUCGCCGGAGCCUCGUCCUCUUGGCGCCCCUCUGGGCGGGGAAUGCGAGAAGGAAACAGCCGCAGCAAGCGGAGCUGGAAGCGGACGUGUCCCAGUCCCAGGGCUUGGCCGGUUGCAGAAGGGAGAAAAAAAAAUCCCGCAGCAACGUUGACAAUCGCGGGGGAAGCGCAGGAUGGCGGCCGACACGCCCCCCGUCUUCGUGCUCCAUCAGGUGGAAGAACCGAGAUUGCUGAAGCUGAAAAACAUGUUCAUAUCUAAAUUUAAAACAACACCAAAAUUUUAUGUUCGAGCACCAGGCCGAGUCAACUUAAUAGGUGAACAUAUAGAUUACUGUGGAUAUGCUGUACUCCCGAUGGCCAUAGAUCAAGAUAUACUUAUAGCAGCUGAACCUCUAAACACCCCAGUCCUCCAUUUGGCUAAUACAGAUUCCUCAUUCCCGGACUUCGGUGCAGAUGCCAACGACAUCCAAAUAAAGCAAACUCAACCUUUAUGGCAUGACUAUUUCCUCUGUGGGUUCAAAGGAAUACAGGAUCACUUCAACCUGAGGAAUCCGAGCGGAAUUAAUUGCCUCGUGGAAGGCACGAUUCCUCCAAGCUCCGGCUUAUCGAGCUCCAGUGCUUUGGUCUGCUGUGCGGGACUCGUGACUCUCAUGGUCAACCACAAGUUCCUUUCAAAGAUGGAACUGGCUGAUCUGUGCAGCAAGAGCGAACGUUACAUUGGCACCGAAGGAGGCGGCAUGGACCAGGCCAUCUGUUUCCUGGCAGAAAAAGGAACCGCGAAGCUGAUAGAGUUUAAUCCUCUGAAGGCCACUGAUGUGAAGCUUCCAGGAGGAGCCGUUUUUGUGAUUGCAAACAGUUGCGUUGAAAUGAACAAGGCCGCGACUUCUCAUUUCAAUAUUAGGGUGAUGGAGUGUCGUCUGGCUACGAAGAUUUUAGCAAAAUCCAGAGGCCUAGACUGGAGAACAGUGGCAAAACUCCAAGACGUGCAAAGGAAGCUGGAGCUAAGCUUGGAGGAAAUGCUGGCUGUGGUGGAAGAGGCGUUUCACCCUGAGCCUUACAGCCUAGAAGAAAUUGGGGAAAACCUGGGAAUUAACCCCACAGAGCUACGCACUAAGAUCCUUAGCCAGAACACACAGGAUGUGACGACUUUUAAGUUAUACCAGCGUGCUAAGCAUGUGUACGCGGAAGCUGCCAGAGUUUUGCGAUUCAAGAAAAUCUGCGUGGAAGCACCUGACGAUGCGAUCGCAUUGCUGGGAGAUUUAAUGAACCAGAGCCAUGCCAGUUGCAGGGACUUGUACGAGUGCAGCUGCCCUGAACUAGAUCAGCUGGUGGACAUCUGUCUGCAGUCUGGAGCAGUUGGCUCACGCCUGACUGGGGCAGGAUGGGGUGGCUGCACUGUGUCAAUGGUUCCUGCGGACAAACUGGAAAGAUUCCUAGCAAAUGUGAAGGAGGCUUAUUACAGAAACGGUGGGCAAAGGUUAGCCCUGAAAGAAAACAGCCUCUUUGCCACCAAUCCUGGCAGAGGAGCUGAAAUUGUCUAUGAACUCUGAAGGACGCCACAUUUUCGGAGGAGUUUGUACGCCACAGUAAACAAUUCAUUUUGCUGUUUUUCAUUACAUUAUAACGAACAAUAGCAAUAGCUAUUAUUAUGAUGGGUUUCCAAACACACACACACUCACACUCUCUCUCUCUCUCUCUCUC